AACAAAAGCAGAGAAUUUGAAAAUUUGACAAAAACUCGAUUCAAUUAAGUAUUGCUUUCGCUUUGAUCGCUAUUAUUGUGAAACUAAUGAAGCAUUAAAUGUGUGAUUAAGACAUCGAUUGAGUGAUCGAAAUGUCGAAACCUGAUCCCAAUGUGACUGAAAUGGAUUGGACGCCAGAAAACGAGAUCAAAUUGUUUUACGCAAUGCGUGGACACAAACCCGUCGGAGUGGCGAAGAACUUCCAUAUGAUCUGCAUUUUGGAUGAGUUCGUCAAACUCACCGAUAAGGAGAUCACGUCGAAGACCAUAUGGAACCGAUUGGAGACGAUGUACGACAUGGAGACUCUCCACGACAACGAAGACAUGCCGUUCCCUAACAUAACCUCUCCUUUCAAUAUCGAAGACAAUCCAGAAUUCAGUGAAUUGUUUGCGAAGAGAAACACAAACAAUGGAAAGACAUCUGAGAAGGACUUAGACGUAAAGGAAGAGAUGGAAGUGACCAUCAAUUCGACGAAAAGCGGACCAAAAGGUAAGACUCAAGACUCGACUAAAAGUAAUUCCAAAGUGAAGACCGAAAACGAGAAGAAUUCGUCGAAAUGCGAGCGAAAGGAGGAGUCGACCAAACAGUCGGACAAAAGCGAUGACAACACCGAAGACAAGACUCCAAGAGUGAAGAAACAGGUCUCCAAACAGACCACUGAAUUGAGAUCAUCGACUCACUCGACCCCUUCGAGUGCCGCCAAAAAACGCAAAUAAUUUUCGACUCAUUUUACG